CCUACACUACUCGGGACACGUGCUGCACCGCAACGUCUGCCCCUCCAGCAUCCUCGUCACCAAGAAGGGCACCUGGAAGCUGGGCGGCCUCGAGUUCACCGAUCGCGUGAACGACAUGGACGGCCUGGAGUCGGUGCCGUGUCAGCCGUGGUCGAGCCGCCUGCCCAAGAUGGCGCAGCCAGACCUCGACUACAUCGCGCCCGAGGUGCAGACGACGUCGUCGUGCAGCAUCCUGAGCGACAUGUUCUCGCUGGGCAUGGUCAUCUGCUCCAUCUUCAACCAGGGCCGGCCGCUCAUACAGGCCAACCACAGCGCGUCCACCUAUCUCAAGCAGCUAGAAGUGCUGGAGGAGCAGGUGCACAACGUGCUGCCGCGGGUGCCGGUGCCGCUGCAGGAGGCGGUGGUGCGCCUGCUGAGCCGCGACACGCGCCAGCGGCCCACCGCCCAGCUGCUGUCCCUCAUCAAGUACUUCAGCGACCCCUCGGUGCAUGCGCUGCAGUUCCUGGACGUGAUCAACAUGAAGGACCCCACCCAGAAGUCGCACUUCUACCGCAACACGCUCAAGGACGUGCUGCCCUACGUGCCCAGGAAACUGUGGUUCCAGCACGUGUGGCCGAGCCUGCAGCAGGAGAUGAAGACGCAGGAGGUGCUGGCCGCCGUGCUGCAGCCCAUCAUCUUCCUGGUCCAGGAGUGCACCAUCGAGGAGUACGAGUCCAUCAUCCUGCCCGCCUUCAGGAGUGUCUUCUCGAUCCCGAAGUCGAUCCAGGCGACGGUGACUCUGCUGGAGAACCUGCACGUCAUCCUGGAGAAGACGCCGCGGGACGACAUCCGCAGCGAGGUGCUGCCCAUGCUCUACAACGCCUUCGAGAGCACCACCAUACAAGUGCAGAGCGCGGCGCUGGUGGCGGUGACGAACGUGUCCGAGUACCUGGACGAGACGGCGGUGCGGCGCAUGGUGCUGCCCAAGACCAAGGCCGUCUACGAGAAGAACACGGCCGACCUCAAGCUCGUGAUGAACGUGCUCAGCUGCAUCGAGAAGACGCUGGACAAGCUGGACAAGUCGCAGAUCAUCGACGAGGUGCUGCCGCUGCUCUGGGACGUACGCCUCGCCGACCCCGAGAUCACCAUCCGCGUCGUCAACAUCUACCGGCUGAUGCUGAGCGACAAGAAGUACGGCCUGUCGGUGAACCUGAUGGCGACCCGCGUGAUGCCGUCGCUGCUGCCGCAGACGGUCAACCCGAGCCUCAACCUCGACCAGUUCACCAACCUCCUCGAGGUACUGCAGGAGAUGCUCGACCACAUCGACAGGAACCAGCGCAACAAACUGAAGUUGGAUAACCUGACACUGCCAAGCCCAGAGCGCCACCGCCCACUGCGCCACCAGUACAGCUCAGAUAACAUGCACGUGCCACCCUUCAACAUCCCCAACCUGCGCAUCGAGCAGCGCAAGACCUCCAGUGCCGAGGACAUGGCACGCAAGAACUCAGCUGACUCAGGUGUGCUAGGUGGCUGGUGGUUUGGUGCAUCACCAUCGUCACCAGACAGCAACUUCCUGCGCGUGCAUAAUGCCUUCCCCAACCGGCGGCUGUCGGACAAUGCACUCAUGAUGCCACCCAAGAUCCGCGUGGCACCUAGCUGCGCCUCGUCGCCUGGUGGCACGCCUGGCGGUGGCCUGCCCGUGCGCCGGCAUUCCAGCAUUGGCCCACAGGAGCGGCGUGGGUCUGCUGUCAACCUGUCGCCACCAACGCUUGCACGGAGCAUGAUCGGGGGAAGCAUGCCAAACACAAGCAGCAGUGUUCCAUUCUUGCUGAGUUCCAGUAUGAGCAGCAUACGCUCACGGCGACCAUCCGCAUGCUUGUCCAGCUCUCAAGGAUCAGGACUACUGCAGCAGCUUGGAUCAGGCAUGUAUCAGCUAUUUUCUGGAAGAUCAUAGACAGAUCAGUGAUUAUGCGAAGACUAUGCAAACCAAAAUAUUUCUUGCAAUAAAGACACAGACCUCAAAAAACCUAGUGAUUUAACAUAUCUUUUUUGAAAUGUGUGAUGUAUAACCAAACUUGAUGUGUGUGUAUUUAGUAAAUGAAGAUGGCUAAAGAAGACAUAUUUAUAAUUGCAGU